AUGUGGGAUUUAAACACCGAUAAGGCUCGACCACUUGGCAUCUUCUGGGAGGAUGGGAUCAUGUCAGGGUAUCGGCACCCCAAGAGCUCAGCCCUUGACUGCGUCCUCAGCUCCUUCCAGAUGACUAAUGAGACAGUCAACAUCUGGACACACUUCCUGCCGACCUGCAUGGGGAUGGGAUGGGAAUGGAGAGGGCUGCGGACGGCGGCUUUCGUGUACCCCUUCCUCUACGACAACAUCCCGCUCUUCUACCGGCUCCUCUUCUGCCUCUGGAGUACCUGUGCCUGGAGCGAUGCUGUGGCCGGGUACUGCUACCACCUCCUCUUCGCACUGCUCACCGGCUUCCUCUUCGCCUCCCACCUGCCCGAACGCCUGGCGCCCGGCCGCUUCGACUACAUCGAAAGGGGUGUAAAAGCGGGGGAUGUCGGUGUUCGGAGCUGA